AUGCCACAUAUCUUUGGAAAGAUUAAGAAUAAUUCGAUGUUGGAGGAAUUACUUUCGCAUGCAGAGGGUAACAAUGCUAUCAUUUCUAGGAUGAAGAAGAUUCUCUCACCUUUCUUCUUGAGAAGACUUAAGUCAGAGGUAUCGUUGGAACUAAAGCCAAAGGAAGAGACUAUAAAUCGAUGCAAGCUCACCGAUGUUCAAAGUAAAUUCUAUGCUGAUCUCGUUGCACGCAGUAAGAAGCAAUUGGAAGCACGUUUAGAAGCAAAGCAAGACGCAAAAGAUGCCAAAGAGAAAGCAAAGCAAGCGAAAUUAAAAGCAAAAGAAUUGUCGAGAAAGAGAAAAUCAUCAAAGACAAUAGAUGUAGAUGAUGAAGAAGUAGAGGAGGACGACGAAGAGGAAAUGUUGGAUUUGGAUCAAAUCGACUUGGUAGAUGAAGAAAAGAAAGGAAAGAAGAAGAAGGAGAAAGCAUUGACCACCAAUCAAAUGAUGACAAAUCUAUUGAUGGAGUUGCGAAAGAUCAGUAAUCAUCCGUUGUUGUGCAAGAAUUUCUAUUACAAAGACGAGCAAAUACGUGAAAUCAAACAGAUUCUCCGAAUGAACGACAAUGAAUUCAUUGGAUACACUAUGGAGGAGAUGGAUGAAAUCUUCUUGGAUUACUCUGACUAUGAAAUUCAUUGUAUUGCACAGAAUCAGACGAGAAACCUCUUGGAGAAAUACAUCAUUCCCGAUACUUUUAUUGUGGAGUGUUCUACAAAGUGUUUGAAACUCAAUGAACUCUUGGAUGCCGAGAGAAAGAAGGGUAACAAAGUUCUGGUUUUCUCGAUGAUGACCAGAGUUCUCGAUAUUCUCGAGGAGGUGUUGUCGAUGCAAGACAUAUCGUUUUGCCGUCUCGACGGUACCACUCCGGUGAACGAUCGUCAGGACAUCAUCGAUCUAUUCUCUGGCGACAAAACCAUACCAGUGAUGUUACUCUCGACGCUGGCAGGUGGUCUCGGUAUCAAUUUGACUUGUGCAAACGUUGUUAUCUUCUACGAUAUCUCAUUCAAUCCUCAGGUUGAGAGACAGGCCGAGGACAGAGCACACAGACUCGGUCAAGAAAAGACAGUCUACAUCCACAGAAUCAUCGUAGAUGACUCUGUUGACAACAACAUCCUCGAGAUGUCCACAACCAAGAGAGAACUCAAUGACUCUAUGCUCGAAGAAGGUUCAUACGCAGCGGCAAACGACAACAAUUCCAAAUUGGAAUCUAAAAAGAUUGUUAAACUCUUAACAUCUAUUUUAGCCUAA